CAUUAUCAAUUUUCAUAAUAUUAUAUUCAACAACAAAUUCUCUUUUAUAACGUCAAGAUGAUUGAAAUGUGGUAAAAUCUUGUCCCAUAUUUUAUAGUCAUCCCCACACAAGAUGAAAUGGACUCGCCGCGGCGCACUUAGCAACGAUCCAGGCGACUACCUCACCAUUCCGCACUUGGACGCCCCCGAGAGAGGACGUCAACGUAGCGUUACCUUUGCAGUAUCAAAGCGUAUACAACAACAGCGCCUUCUGAUCACCCAUAUGUUUGGAACCCUGGGCAGGGCCGCUAUGCGGGGCCUGACGGGGGUGCGGUCAGUCAACAUGCUGGCAGCCCCCCAGGCCCCCCCUGCCCAGGUGUUCACGAAGAUUUUCCCCCCCAUGCCUAGCCUUACCAGUCUGGCAGUGCACAAGCACAAGAUAGCGGAAGUGCUGAUGAUAGCUACAGGCGCCGCCAUCUGCGCAGCAGAAGCUAACAUGUUCCUUAACAGGAACACUGGCAAAGCCACCACCGCCACCAAGCACACUGCAGAAGACGAACAACCUAAGGCAAAGACAAGGACAAGGGUAGAGACUUACCCCUGGAUUGGUAUGCAGCCCGGUUAUCAUCAAGGGUUCUAAUGGAUCAUCUUCCAGAACAUCUGGG